UUUCCAGAUUCUCUCUCCAUUUUCCCCCUUUUUUCCCCCAAUUUUAGAGAGAGAGAGAGAGAGAAAAAUCAUAAUCAUUCACAAUUCGUAAUUCAAUCGAAUCGAAUCAAUUGAAUAAUUGAAUAAUUGAAUAAUUGAAGCUCGAUUGUUGAAUUAUCGAACUUUCUAGGGUUUGUUUUGAAUUGAUAAUAAAGUUAGGAGAAUAAUGGGGGAUGCGUUUUGCAGCGAUUGUAAGAAGCAUACGGAGGUGGUGUUCGAUCAUUCAGCUGGAGAUACGGUGUGUUCAGAGUGUGGACUUGUAUUGGAAUCUCACUCGAUCGAUGAAACAUCCGAGUGGAGAACGUUUGCGAACGAGUCGAAUGAUAAUGACCCGGUUCGUGUUGGUGGACCAACUAAUCCGUUGUUAUCUGACGGAGGGUUGUCCACCGUUAUAUCUAAGCCCAAUGGUACUACAGGAGAUUAUUUAUCGUCGUCGUUAGGGCGGUGGCAGAAUCGCGGUUCUAACCCUGAUCGAGGCCUCAUUCUUGCCUUCAAGACCAUCGCCACUAUGGCUGAUAGGCUGGGCCUUGUUUCAACUAUAAAGGAUCGAGCUAGUGAGAUAUACAAGAAGGUAGAAGAUCAGAAGUCUAGUAGAGGAAGAAAUCAAGAUGCAAUAUUGGCUGCAUGCUUGUACAUAGCUUGUCGGCAGGAGGACAAACCUCGUACUGUAAAGGAAAUCUGUUCUGUCGCCAAUGGAGCGACGAAAAAAGAGAUUGGUCGGGCAAAAGAGUACAUUGUGAAACAGCUGGAGAGUGAAAUGGGGCAGGCAGUUGAAAUGGGAACUAUACAUGCUGGAGACUUUCUGAGACGCUUUUGCUCAAAUCUUGGUAUGAACAAUCAAGCGAUGAAAGCUGCCCAAGAAGCUGUUCAGAAAUCUGAAGAAAUUGAUAUAAGGAGAAGUCCCAUAUCUAUUGCAGCAGCAGUUAUUUAUAUUAUUACCCAACUUUCAGAAGAAAAAAAACCCCUUCGAGAUAUAUCACUUGCUACUGGUGUUGCUGAAGGUACCAUCAGAAAUGCUUACAAGGACCUUCAUCCCCACAUUUCUAAGAUUAUUCCCACAUGGUAUGCCAAGGAGGAUGACCUUAAAAACCUGUGCAGUCCAUAGAAGUAUCACGGAAGCAUGAUAGAAAGUUUGAAGAAGGUUAUGAACUGUUCUGAUGUGGUCUCUACAGAUUUUCUUCCAGUUUGUUGCCUUUUUGGUGUGAGGAUACAAUUAGAGGCCAGGCCUAAAAGAUGUAAUUGGCCUCAAAGUUCAUAAUUCCUCCGGAACGAGCAAUUGUUUUUUGUCUUUUUUAACUUUGAAGAGAUGCACCCAUCUCUGGUGUGGGGGCGACUUACCAAUAUACACUUCCCUGUCGCGUUUACUCAGCAGAUGUAGAAUCUGGGUGCCCAGGGAUCAAUUUGGGAAUCGGGAUCAAAUCACAAAGGCCGGUGAAGAAGUUCUCCGGUUGCUGGGAAAGAUGGGAAAAACAGAAAUUAUAAGUUGACAAAAAUUGUUUUUAAGUUAUUUUUUAGGGGUUUGCCAAUCAGGCAAUCACGAACACUAUGGUCAAUGAUGAUUCUUUCUCAGCGCAAUGUGCUAAAAAAAUAUUUAUUUUUCAGAUGAAGUUCAUUUAUCCAGAUUUUGGCACUGCACUUGCUUGUAUUGACAUAUCAAAUUUGCAUGGAUUAUGCCAUGGAUUAUUUCAUAAACCUUCUUGUGGAGGAGUUAUUUAUUUUUA